GCGCACGCGCACAUUUGACCCUAAUCUCGAGGACAUCAUCAGUACUGCAGAAUGUGUUGGUGUUUUCGUAAAGGCUGAACUGCAUUGUAUAAAAACUGCGGAUGUGUGUCCGUUCGUUAGUUUCGUUAUCGUUUAGGGGAUGGGUUUAUCUCAAUUUUGUUCACCGUUCAUUUUUUAUCAUGUUUGGGGUUGGAUGAGAUAGAAAUGUCUAUAAUUAUGUCUGAAUGUUUCUUAUUUUAUUAUUGCAUGUAAUAUCUAAUUCCUUCAGUAGCGCUAAAUAUAUAUGUAUAUAACAUAAAUAAAUUAUAUAUAUAAAGAUAUUUAUAAAACAUAUAAAUAUUUUUAAUUUGUAUAGUAAUUUUAUAACCUAUCAGCGUUUAUAAUAUAGCAUUUACCAAUUGUUGAAAUACUUUAUAUAGUAGAUUUUAUAGCUUCUUGGAAUUCCCAUAAAAAAAAGGUUUAUAUGUUUGCUAGAGAUACAUUCCGUUUUAAAAGAAGUGAAGAUGCUAGUCAUAGAGGAAUGAGCUCUUAGAUCUUUUUCUUACCAAUAUUACCUUGGCAAAAAUCUAACCUACAAAAAUGUUAGAACCCUCGUCGUCAGAAGAAGAAAGCGAGAACGAAGCAGUCGAGGAAGAGAGUUCGGAACCCCAAGCGCUGUCUGCUUCUGCGACAAAUUUGGAAAUCCCAAGGAGUGGUAGUAUUCCCCGUAGCAUAUCGCCAGCAAGUGGGGCGGAUAACUUAAGCGUGGUGAGCAGUUCUCAGUCUCGGUCGAAUAGUUUAGCACGGCCUUCUAGUCCCAGUCCAUCUCUGGUUAGUGAAAAAGAUAAGGAAAAAGAUGAUGUCGAUAAGGCUGAAAAAGAGGAAGAAGAGCGGAAGAAGCGUCUGCAGCUGUACGUGUUUGUCCUUCGCUGUAUUUCUUAUCCAUUCAAUGCAAAACAACCCACAGACAUGGUUCGCAGGAACCUGAAAGUCACGAAGCAGCAGCUUGAAACAAUUCAGGGACGUUUCCAAGCGUUCUUCAAGGGGGAGACGACUAUCUCAUCUGACGAGGCCUUUAACAAUGCAGUACAAAACUACUAUGAAGUUUUUCUAAAGAGUGAUCGUGUACUGAGAAUGGUACAGAGUGGGGCUUGCUCACAGCAAGACUUUCGAGAUGUUUUCAAAAUAAACAUCGAGAAACGGGUACGCAGUUUGCCUGAAAUCAAUGGCCUUAGCAAAGAAACAGUCCUCACGGCAUGGUUAAAUAAGUUUGAUGCAAUCCUCCGAGGAGAUGAGGACACCAGAAAACCUCAAAGUAGGUUACAGCAGAAUGUUGCCUCAGAACUGAUAUUAAGUAAGGAACAAUUAUAUGACAUGUUUCAAAAUAUCUUGGGAGUCAAGAAGUUUGAACAUCAACUUCUAUAUAAUGCAUUACAGCUGGACUCUCAAGAUGAACAAGCAGCUGCUAUUCGGCGUGAAUUGGAUGGUAGAGUGCAGAAAGUUAAUGAAAUGGAAAAAAACCGCAAAUUAAUGCCAAAAUUUGUACUGAAAGAGAUGGAAAGUUUGUACAUAGAAGAGUUACGUUCUUCCAUUAACCAGCUGAUGUUGAAUUUAGAAAGUCUACCUGUUUCUAAGACUGGAGCUGAAGGGAAAUAUGGAUUACAGAAACUUAAGCGGUAUAAUCACAGCUACCUCUCUGCAUCUGCAAAUAUUUGGCCUGAAUGUAGUCCACUAAAACUGCUAAUGUGCCUGCAAGCUCCGCUUUGGAUUAUUAUUUACAAUGCACUAGUCUUUUCUUUUACAUACAUAAGUCAAUCAUCUUUAUCAAAAGAAGCCGUUACUGAUGAUGGAGAAACCUCGCUCUCUAAGCUUGAUGUUAUUCUUUCUUUCACAUUGGAGGUAGUAGUUAUGGAAGUCAAAGGACUUAAAUCUUUAGCACCCAAUAGAAUAGUAUAUUGUACUAUGGAAGUUGAAGGAGGAGAAAAAUUACAAACUGAUCACGCGGAAGCUUCGAAACCCAUGUGGGAUACUCAAGGAGAUUUCACAACCACACAUGCUUUGCCUAUAGUUAAAGUUAAAUUAUACACAGAAAGUCCAGGCUUAUUAAGUUUAGAUGAUAAAGAAUUAGGGAAAGUUAUAAUAAAGCCUACUCCUUUGAGUCCUAAAACUCCUGAAUGGUACAAAAUGAUUGUCCCAAAAAAUGCUCCUGAUCAAGAUUUACGAAUCAAAAUUGUUGUCCGCAUGGAUAAGCCUCUAAACAUGAAGCAUUGCGGGUAUUUAUUUGCGCAAGGAAAGCAAGUUUGGAAAAAAUGGAAAAAAAGAUAUUUUUUGCUGGUUCAGGUAUCACAGUAUACUUUUGCAAUGUGUAGUUACAGAGAAAAGAAGUCGGAACCUACGGAAAUGAUGCAGCUGGAUGGAUAUACUGUAGAUUAUGUUGAACCAGUGCUUGAUCUUGAAGGUGGGAGGUUUUUCUUCAAUGCGGUCAAGGAAGGUGAUAGCGUACUUUAUGCCAGUGACGAUGAAAAUGAGUGUCAUCUAUGGGUCAUGGCUAUGUACAGGGCUACAGGACAAUCUCAUAAACCAACUCCCCUUGUUCAACCUCAAACCAGCAAAAACUCUACCAUAUCUAGGUUACAAGGAGAUGCUGAUCGUGCAAGGAAGCAUGGCAUGGAUGAAUUUAUAUCAGCAGAUCCAUGCAAAUUUGACCAUCAUAAGCUUUUCAGAAGCUUACAGACUACAACUCUUGAUUAUCGGCUAAACGACCCAUACUGCUCUUUGGGUUGGUUCAGUCCUGGGCAAAUUUUUUGCCUUGAUGAGUAUUGCGCUCGUUAUGGAGUUCGUAGCUGUUAUCGUCAUCUGUGCUACUUGCAUGACUUAUUGGAUAGAGCAGAAAAAUCUAUUAUGAUUGACCCUACUCUAAUACAUUAUAGUUUUGCUUUUUGUGCGUCACAUGUUCAUGGAAAUAGUACUGCCCCACCUGGACAGGUUGCUACAGAUGUGAGGCCAGACGGCAUUGGAACUGUGACUGUUGAAGAAAAAGAUAUUUUUGCCGAAAUUAAGGAACGAUUAAGAAUACUUCUCGAAAACCAAAUUACUCAUUUUAGGUAUUGCUUCCCCUUUGGUCGACCAGAAGGUGCACUUAAAGCUGCACUUUCUUUGUUGGAGAGAGUUUUAAUGAAAGACGUGAUGACUCCAGCUCCUCCAGAAGAAGUCAGAUCAGUUAUUAAAAAAUGUUUAGAAAAUGCAGCACUCGUAAACUACACUAGAAUAUCAGAACAAGCCAAAAUUGAAGGAACUGAAGCUGCAAAACAACAGCAGCAACAACAACCUCCUGAAGAACAAGAAUCAGAGAUGGACGAAAAUGCAUCACCUGGAAAGAAACUGGAAGAUCUAAUACAUUUAGCUGAAUUAUGUGUCGAUCUUUUGCAACAGAACAAUGAGAACUAUGCUGAGGCUUUUGCAUGGUUCAGUGACCUCCUCGUUGAACACGCGGAGAUCUUUUGGUCAUUGUUUGCUGUUGAUAUGGACACAGUUUUAGCUGAACAGCCUCCAGAUACAUGGGAUAGUUUUCCAGUCUUCCAAGUGCUGAAUGAUUAUCUUCGAGUAGAUGAAAACUUAUGCGGAGGGAGGUUCCAUCAACAUCUUCGUGAUACAUUUGCUCCCCAAGUUGUUCGUUAUGUGGAUCUAAUGGAAUCAUCUAUUGCUCAAUCCCUUCAUAAAGGCUAUGAAAAAGAACGAUGGGAAUUAAAAGGGCAUGGAUGCAUUACUUCAGAAGAUCUUUUUUGGAAACUAGAUGCCUUGCAAUCUUUCAUCCGGGACUUGCAUUGGCCUGAUGAAGUUUUUGCCAAACAUUUGGAACAAAGGUUAAAACUCAUGGCAUGUGAUAUGUUGGAGUCUUGUAUUAACAGGACUCUUCAAGCAUUCCAACAAUGGCAAAAGAAAGGGAGCAAAUGGACUAGCACCGAUUAUAUUGUUCCUUCUGAAAUGUGUGCGAUGAUAAACGUAGUUCUUGAAGCCAAGAAUCAGUCUUUGAAGCUGUGCACUGUUGAAGGAGUAGACCUGCAUCAAUACCAUGCCAAAAUUGAUGAAAUGGUUGACAAAAGCUUGAAUCAAAUGCAAACUGGGCUCAUUACAAAAUUAACAAGCAUAUUAGAGUUAACCUUAAACAAGUUAUCUCGUUAUGAUGAAGGUAGCCUUCUUGCGCCCAUUUUAUCGCUCACAUAUAAGCAAGGUGUAUCUAGCUCAGGUAAAGAAGUUGGGCUGGCGUACAUUAAUUUUGCUCGAAACAGCAUGGAGCAGUUGAGGCAGAAGGUCACUGAUGAGCUCUGGGUAUUAGGUCUCUUUGAGGACUGGUAUGCUGCUCAAGUAUCAAUGAUAUGUGCGUGGUUAUCUGAAAGACUUGAUCAUGGUUUACAUUCCUUCCAGUUAUCAGCUUUAUCUCAUAUAGCCAAGAAAUUAUAUUCUGAUUUUGAGCUGCAAGGUAUUGAAGAAGAAAAAUUGAAUUCUAAAACUUAUCAGACGAUAACUAGUCGUUUACAACUUGAAGAAGCUGCUUCUUCAGUCAAUGAUUCGAGGGAGAAGGACGAUUCUGAGGAAUAUGGAGACGAAGAAGGCGCUAAAGGAAAAACUGUGCUGCGGGAUGAAGGUGCGGAAGGGUACGUCAGUAGUAUAAAGAAUGUCACAUCAAAUAUGGUUGGAAGAAUAUCUAAUUUGAGUCGUGGAGGUUUGGGUGGCUUAGCAAACAAAUUUUCUGGCGGUUUCCUUAACUUUUAGUUCAUAUGUACUAGUCACACUUCUUAAAUCUCACCAGUAUUUAUAAAAUUAUUUAUCGAGUGAGCAUUUCCACUCAGGUUGUUUCUAAAGCCCUCCAAGAAAUCUUAGAGCGAGGAGAUGUGGAUCUUGCUGAUCGAUGGAAAUAUCCUUUUCGGGGCAUUUAUUGCAUUUAGUAUCGCAAAGGUUACUGUCAUAGUAUCUCUGCUUCCUGAGUGUUAUGUAACAAAAUGAACUCAGAUUAUAUUAUGUAUAAUGAUUGCUAUGUAGUAAUAUAUUUCAACAAAAGGGUGUGCAGAGUAUAGAACACAGAUGCCUAAUUAGCAGUAACAAAACAAUAAGAAUGCAUGUUCUUUGUAAAUGCCAAAAGUGCCCCUAGAUUAGCGGCACAUUUAUCUAGCAAAUAAACUUAUUAAAAUCCACUCUUUUUUGAAGUGAAAAGUGAGAUUUUAGCCUCUAUGCAUUUUUCUCCAUGUGUCCCAUUAUUUCACUAUGUCCUAGGCUCUUAAAAGCGUGUACAGUUACACCUUAGAAAUUUAAAAAAAAAGAACACAGAAGUGCAAUACAUUUCACACCACUGUUAAUUAGGGUUAUUGUUAUACUUUAUUUCUUUUGUUUUAUUGCAUGCUAUAUUUAUGCCUCUUAUACUUGAGGUUAGGCUAACUAACUUUCUGACUAGGCUGUGAAUGUUGAUGACUUAAAAUAUAAUUCAUAAUUAAAUACAAAUUUUGAACUAAAGGGAAAUGAGUUUUAUCAGUUAAAACAUUAUCUUACAAUUAAGGGAAAUUAAAGAAAAGAUAGCAAUUCAAACUUAUUAAAUUAAGUUUUGAACGAUAAUUAGUAUUUGAUUUUUCUUAUGUAAAUUUAGCUGAGGUGCCAGCUAUUACGAUUUAUCCAUAAUUAUUGUGAUUUUGUAAUCAAGAUGACAGUGUUACGGUUUGGUUAUAAAAACUAUGUUUUUUUUAAAAAUCUUUUAUUAAUAAUCUGUAAAAAAAUAAGCUUUUUCCUCCUUAACUACCGAUAAUUAUGAAAUAAUGUUUAUUGCUGUAAAUAUUGGGAAAAAAAGUAAUAGUUAGGUGUUUAUUUUCUUUUAUUUAGUAUUCAUUUAUAGCGUAAUAUUAUUAAUAUUAUUAAUAUUACGCUAUACCUACAUAAAAUUAUAUAGCAAAAACAAGUUGAAAUUGCAUUAGUUUGAAUUUUAUUAAUAUUAUGUAUAUUAAUUGUACUUCUGAUUACUAAUAGCUAGUUAGGAAAGUUAGCUGCUCUAAAUUAGAAAAGAUAGUGAAAAAAAAUAUAUAAAUUUUUGUUGAAAUAUUUCUUAUCUUGAUUAAGAAAAAAAAAGAAAGAAAAUAUCUUGUUUUUUAAAAUGGAACAAAAAUCAAAAAUGUUAUGUUGUAAAAAAAAAAUCAAAUCUAAAGUCAUCAAUAUUUACCCCCUAUUUAUGACAUAAACAGCUAAACAAGUCUUAGAUUAUA